AUGAAAUGGACAAAUGUGUCCGCGAUGACCGGCCAGGAAGCCGGUAGCAAUGCUGCCGCGGUGGCAACCGUCUCUGUUGUUUGUCCUGGUGACAUUCCUGAUGGGAAUAUUGAAGGCCCUGUUACGUUGCAGCGCUUCUCUGACACUCCUCUCUUUCGCAUCUGCGUCCAUCACAACAACAGCGUCUACAACCGAGCCGUUUUUUGCCUUCCCACUGACGAAGCUUGGACGGUGAGUCUCCCACGCAAGAUCAAGACAAAGCGUUCCAAGAAGAAAGCUUUGGAGCUUACUUUCAAUCUCCCCGAGGAGAAUCCCGAUGGAUUCAAGAAACUUGUUGUGACUCUACCUUACGAUGGAGAAGACGGAGAUGCCAUGUUGUUUUGUGAAGCUGCUGCGUUUGCUUCCGGGGUUGUCUUUGACUAUUGUCAGGGCCGCGAGUAUGGUCAUGGAUGA